AUGAAUUCAUCAUGGGACAAUAUUACAUUGACUUGGUAUUCAACUGAUUCGGAUUUCGAAGUUAAACCUAUCUUGAGCUUUUGGUUAUUUCUUAUAUUUGAUGUUGGCGCUAUUAUAUGCACUAUUUUCGUACUUUAUCAUUUAUUAUCAGAACGGCAAGCGAGGAAUGCUCUUCAUAAUCACAUACCAAUUAUUCUACUUUUUCUAGCAUCUGCUAUUGAAUGGAUUGAUAUACCAUUUCAUCUACAAUAUUUUCAUACAGGUAUUGUGUAUCCAUCCACGCCUAUAUUAUGUCUUAUCUGGUGGUUUAUUGAUUGGGGUUUCUAUUAUACCAUUGCAGUUUUACUAGUUUUUGCAUCAUUUGAACGACAUAUUCUUAUCUUUCAUUCUCAUCUUGUUGCUACAAGACGAAAACGUUUGAUAUUUCAUUAUAUUCCUAUAUUAAUAAUCUUAUUACUAAUGUGUACAUUUUAUGUAGUAGCAAUUUUUGCACCGAUUUGUGAGAGUACAUUUGCGUAUGAUGAAGAUUUAUGUGGUGUACAUGCAUGCUAUGGGACAAUACCAUUUUUUGUUACAGUUGAAGAGUUUGUUUUUGGUGCAGCAUCUAUUUGUCUAAUUGCUAUUUUUAGUCUGACUUUAUUAGUACGUGUUAUUCAACAAAAGCAUCGAGUUCAUGGAGCUAUUCAAUGGAAGAAACAACGUAAACUAGCUAUCCAAAUGAUUUCUCUAUCAUUACUCUAUAUGACGUUUUCCUUGCCAUUUACAAUCAUCUAUCUUGUUCGAUUAUAUGGGCAAUCGGAUUGGGGUGGUGAAGUUUUACCACUAUUUUUUUUUCUUUCAUAUUUUACUAUUCUAUUAUUACCAUAUGUAUGUCUUAGUAAUUUACCUGAUCUUUGGAAGAAAUUACAAAUAUGUCCUGCACGACAGCAACGAGUAGGUGUAAUAGUACCACAUGCAUAA